AUGCAUCCCACCUCCAACCCAAGAUACAACAUUCAGGAUCCUUUGCAGCAGCGCCGCUCAAUGGCUACAGGUUCGACAGAGAGAUACAACCGGCCGGCGCCGCUCAACACAUCGCCCUCACAAGCGCGGGGCAUGGGAAGCACGGGUAGCUACAGCACGUACAACUAUCAGGAACCGGUAGCAGGAUCUUUCAACACGCCAAUGGCAACAAACACAAUGCAUUACCCCUCAGGAUACGGCCAGGAUGGUCGCCCGGCAGCGCAGAAUUUCGGUGGAUAUAAUGCGGCGGCCAUGACGAUGGGCUACGACAACUUGACUGGCGCGACGGGCUCUGUUUACGACAAUCAAGCGCAGUUUCAACGGCAGCCUGCAGCUGCACCGAUCUUACCGACAGACGUGUCAACGUCGUACUUCCAGAAUGACCCGAGCAGCAGCACAGGAACCUCCAACCUCCCUCAUGCGCCAUCCGCGAGCGCCACCGCGACCGCUUAUCAACAGCCGCAGAUGGCCAACUACCAGACCAACAUCUCGAAUGUGGGAGGCAUGCCGCAGCCGACAGCAAGUGCCGACGUCUCGAUGGAGGAGCAGGAUUAUUCUGCGACAGGUGGUUUGGAAGAGAAGUGGAUGGAGUACCAGUCUGCUUUGAGGGGCGUGUUCCAAAACGUCCGCAACGGCAUCCUCGAGAGCGCCAGCCAGUCUCUCCUCGACGUCUCCAACUGGCUACUGUCGCAAGUUGUUGACCUGGGACUCAACCUCGACGACCAAAAUCUGCAUGGAGACCGAAUCAAGCUCUGGAACGAUUUCAACCACGCGUGGCUCGCGCUUUUCCAGAUGCAGAAGGAUUUGAUGGAACCAGGGCGCCAACUCCAACGAUCCCAGACGUUGAUCAGCAAGGAAGGCUUGGAAAAGAUGGGCAAGGAAUUGGUCCGUCUGUGCGAUGGCAUCGAGCGACACGGGCUGGUUGAUUAUCAAUAUGGCGUGUGGGAACAGCAGAUCAUCGAGAUUCUCGAGGCGUGCCUGGACCUCUACGAGGCGAACGAGGAAUCUGGCGGAAACGGCGGCGGAAACCAGGCAGGCUCCGGCUCCCACGGGAGCAGAUAA